AUGCUGAGCAUUUUGUCGACUGUGACCCUGCCAUCAGGAUCGUCUGAUGGCGAUCGCCGCCGAUCGGACUCCUCGCCUGAUCAGCUUUCGCAGGCCACCGCGGCGAACGGAACCUCGGAUAUCAAUGCAGAGGCGAUCACGACUCCGCCUGCGUCUCUGCCGUCAACGCCUCCAGUUCUCGCGGUAUCAGAGCUUUUACCCACCUCGUUGGAGCACAAUCAUCCCGUCAAUGACUCGCAGGCUUGGGGCCUCGCGACACGCCUCCGUCGAGCCACGGCGCAAGCGCACCAUGACGUGAUGUUGCCACGCGUCGUGCACCGGCUCUCGUCAGGUGACCUACCCCUCCCCGUCUAUAUCGCCUACCUCGAAGCCCUCUCCGUCAUCUACGAGUCUCUAGAACGCUACUUGGAUCUCAACGCAACUUGCGAGGUGCUUAGUCCGACGUACGAUCCGGCGACGCUCGCGAGAUCGGCGGCGAUCGAAGCCGAUCUGAGCUACCUCACCCUUAAGCUCCCGCGUGCAAAUCGUACAACAUCCAUCUGUAGCGGUCGGAACUGGCCCUCUGUGAAGCUCUACGCAGGACGGCUGCAUUGUCUGGGUUCCGGCAACAGUGGCCUGCCGCACGAAUCCUCGGGGCUCGCAAUCGCAGCGAAAGUAGCGCAGGAACGCCCGGCGCUUCUGCUCGCUCAUGCUUACACGCGUUAUCGUACGUCGGCCUGAUGACCCGAGAUCGCGGCGAUACAAGUGAGCUCAUAUGUUAUUCUUGUAUCAUGCAGUUGGGGAUCUUUCUGGCGGGCAAUCAAUAGCCCGCUCGGUCCGACACGCCUAUUCGUUACCGGAUUCCGGCGAAGGCUCACAAUUUUACGAAUUAUUUCCAUCCUCGCAUCCGAGACGGGCCGGGGUUUUCGAACGCGCGAAUAUUCAAGAAAUCAAGGAUUUGAAAUUCUGGUUCAGGGCAGGUUUAGACUCUGCAGGCCGCGCGACCAACAAUGACCUCGCAAAAGCAAUCGAGGAGGAGGCCAAAGUCGCGUUCAAGUACAAUGCUGACGUAGGUUGCACCAUCGUGGAUCGUGUAGUAUUCGAUGGUACCCAUCGUACUGACUUGAACUCUGCUACUAUCAGAUCUUCUCCGAUCUUGAGCUGUGCCUGGGCCAAUUCGAAAGUGCGGUCAGCGACGGCGACAAGAGUGUAGCAGAGUCGACGCCUGACGAGAAGGGGACGCUGCCGCCUGUUUGGAUGUUGGGUUCAAAUGCGCUCACCAGGACACUCACGAUGAAGUUGACGAUCAGCCUGGUUGUGCUCUUGGCUUACGUCAUCUCGAUGAUAUAA